CCCCAUCUCUUCAACGUACCGAGCAUUCCCACAAAGAAACAACCAUGCAAUUCACUUCUUUUCUUUCAAUGAUUCACCUCCACACCUUUCUUCUUCUUCUUCUCAUAUUCACUUUCCAUACUUGCUCAUCAACUCCAACAGCCGAGAGCUACGCCACCUAUAUUGUCCAUCUCAACCCUUCCUCCCGUCCAACGCCCUUCACUACCAAUGAAAAGUGGCACUCCUCCAUCAUCACCUCCAUCAAAUCCUCCGCCACAACUCAUCAUUUUUCAUCCCUCGAAAAUUCAUUCCUGUACUCGUACGAGAACGCGCUGCAUGGGUUCAGCGCCGUCUUAACGGAGCAAGAAGUUGGAACGCUACAAAACCUGCCAGGAUUUCUAUCCGCAAACAAGGACAAGCAACAAAGACUGCUUACAACUUAUACGCCAGAGUUUAUGUCCCUGAACCCAACGACAGGUAUCUGGCCAGCCUCCGGCUUCGGCGAAGGCGUAAUCGUCGGUUUUAUUGACACCGGGAUUUGGCCUGAAAGUCCUAGCUUCGACGAACGGGGGAUGACCACCAUCAAGCUACCGGCAAAGUGGAAAGGAGUUUGCCAAGCAGGGAAGGACUUCAACUCUUCCCUGUGCAACUCCAAGUUGAUAGGAGCUCGAUACUUCGACAAAGGAUACAGAGCAUCCAACCCCAACGCCACUUUAACCAAGAACUCACCUCGGGACGCGGACGGCCAUGGGACCCACACUUCCUCCACGGCGGCGGGAAAUUACGUCGAAGGUGCGUCCUUCUUGGGCUACGCUAAAGGAGUGGCUCGAGGCAUGGCCCCGCGGGCCUGGGUGGCAAUGUACAAGGUGUCAUCGGUGGGCAAAAAAAUGUAUGAUUCGGAUGUGCUCGCUGGAAUGGACCAAGCGGUAGCGGAUGGAGUGGAUAUUCUCUCCCUCUCAUUGGGGUCCGAUGAUGUGACGCCUUUGUACGAGAAUCCUAUUGCAAUCGCUUCCUUUGGUGCUAUGGAGAAGGGGGUCUUCAUCUCAUCCGCGGCUGGCAAUAAUGGGCCACCGGAAGGCACAUUGCGUAAUGGAGUCCCCUGGGUGUUGACCGUCGGAGCUGGCACCUUCGACCGCACGUUCGUUGCGAGCUUGACCUUAGGAAGUGAUAAAGCUAGGAAACAACAUACCAUUGUCGGAAAGAGCAUGUACCCUCUCGGCUUGUGGAUCAAGGACGAAACCCUCAUCUACAACAAGACGCUCUCCAAAUGCAACGAUUCAGAGUUACUCUCCAAAGCACCACGUGGCAUUCUUGUUUGCCAAGACACAGGGUCUCUAAGCUCUCUAUAUGACCAGAUGUACCAAAUCCUCCGCGCCGCCACAAACCUCGUCGCCGCAAUUUUCGUCUGCAAAGAUCCUUCCCGUUUCGACUUCGACUGGAUGAACAAUCCAGCAGCCGUGUUGAUUUCCACCAAGGAUUUGGAAGCGGUUAUGGACUACAUCAAGAGCAGCGACAAGCCUAUUGCUUCGAUCAAGUUCCAACAAACCGCGACGGGCAAAGAGACGGCUCCCGUGGUGGCGGAGUACACAUCUCGAGGUCCUUGCCCCAACUGUCUUGGGGUUCUGAAGCCAGACGUCUUGGCUCCGGGAAGCUCCGUCUUGGCUUCCUGGAUACCCAAUGAAGUCGCAACAAGACUUGGUCCUAAUAUGUUCCUGACCAGUGAAGGAUUUAAUCUCCAGUCGGGCACUUCCGUGGCUUGCCCUCACGCAGCUGGCGUAGCGGCGCUUCUGAAAGCCGCACAUCCGGAAUGGAGCCAUGCAGCCAUUAAGUCGGCCAUGAUGACCACUGCCACCGAGCUCGACAACUCUGGGAUGCCCAUCAAAGACGCCGCUCGGGGCUUCACUGCCGCGUCUCCUUUCGCGAUGGGCGCUGGGCACAUCGUGCUAAAUAAGGCGCUAGACCCUGGCCUGGUCUACGACGCGGCCGCGCAGGACUACGUUUCUCUGCUGUGUUCAAUGAAUUUCACCAAGAACCAGAUCCUCACCGUCACCAGAUCCAACGUCUACAAUUGCGAGAAUGCUUCCCCGGAUCUGAACUAUCCGUCAUUCCUGGCGUUCUACGACAAGAACGUGGCUUCUAAUGGAGUGGUGAUGACGAAGAGGUUUCGCAGGGUUGUUACCAAUGUCGGUGGAGGAGCAGCUACCUAUAAGGUGAAGGUGGACCCUCCGAUCGGCUCCACAGUUUCGGUGUGGCCUCAGAGUUUGGUGUUCAUGAAGGAACACGAGCGUCAUCAUUACUCUGUGGAGAUAACCUACGCGAGCCAAGGGGCGGUUUCGUAUGGUUCCAUUACCUGGUUUGAGGAAAAUGGAAACUAUGCGGUGAGGAGUCCGAUUGUCAUUUCUGUUGAACGAUCGGAAAUGAGCAAAUUGAAAGAACUAAGCAAGAACAAUCGGAUUUACGUGGUAUCCCUGGAAUGUCCAGGACUAAUCCACGGAAGAGUGUAAGCUCUUCAGCUACUGAUCUUAUUAUCCCUGAUAUGUGUUUUUGUGUGUGUUACCAGGUGCAGCGGCUGCUUCCCCAAAAUAUACAAGCCGAGAGAAAACCUCACACAGGAGGAAACCAAAAAUAAAACCUAACCCUAUGCACCUACGUCUGCAUGGGUUUCAUGGACCCAAAGCUCAAUAACAAACUAAGUACAAU